AUGACUGAGUCUGUUAAAAUACUAACCGCCGAUUAUCUGGAUUGGCAUGCCAAAUUAACUGGGUUACCAAGUAUUUUGACAGAUAAGAUUCAUUCCAAAUUAUACAAAAGAUAUAAAAAAGAAACUGGAUGUGAGCCAUGGCAAUUAUCAAAAGCUGUGACAAGUAUAUCAGAAAAGCCUCAAGCCUCUGAUUUCAAGCCUAUCACUUUUGAAGCCAAACCCGAUCCAGAAUUAAUUAUCAGAUCUGUGUUAGAGCAUUUCACAUGCCUGAAAUUCCGAAAUAGUUUUAGAGGGAUUGAUAAUUAUAAUUUUGCAUCACCUCAGCCGUGGAGCUCACCAUGUCCUAUUUGUGAUGGAAAACAUGGGAAUUAUGGAUUACAUGGCGAAUGGUAUAAAAAUGGAACGGAAUAUUGUAUUACUUGCUUCACUUCAAGCAAUAAACUCAAGUUCGCAAUUGUAGCCAUGUGA